UAACGACCUGGUGGUGUUACAUUGGACGUCUAUGAUUAGCCAUGACACGUGUCUAUCACACUAAACCUUACGAAAUAAUAACAUUUCAGCCAAAGGACUCGUCGCAUUUCUGACAAAAGUUUUUACAAAUAUAGCCAAUUAAUACCUGAGGUGGUACGCUGUUAAGUGGUUUGUAGGUACCAGACGUGUGCUGAAAUGGGUCGGUUCCUUAAUGUGCUCCGCAGCUGGCUGGUAAUUGUGUCAGUGAUUGCCUUGGGAAAUUCAGUCCAGAGUUUUCGCGAUCACAGCUUCCUCUCGGAGAAACUAUACACCGGAAUGCCAGAGUUUGUAAAUGGUCUUCAAGCUCGAACCUUUGGAAUCUGGACCCUUCUCUCCUCUGUCAUUCGAUGUGCCUGUGCAUUGGACAUACAGAACAAAACAUUGUAUCACAUCACACUGGGUACCUUUGUUCUGGCUCUUGGUCAUUUCCUGUCCGAGGCGUUUAUUUACAAAACUGCUCCACUGACAAUUGGUGUUAUGGCACCUCUAAUAGUAGCAAGUGUUUCUAUCGGUGGGAUGCUGAUUGGUUUUCAGUGUGUGGCAGAGCCAGAGGAAGUGAUGGGAGCCCGUCAGAAAAAAAGAAACUGAAUGUCUGGGAGGGGGGGAUGGACAGGAGAAGGUUCAGGAAAAAAUGUAAUUACUGUGCACAUCUUAACCUCUAUAUAUAUAUAUGUAUUAACUUGAAACAAAUCUUACUGCUGACACCUCCUGGCAUGUCAAAGUUUCUAGAUGGCGCCUUGUAUUUAAGCUUGCAUCUUACUCGACGAUGUCCUCUCCCUUCUGGUGAGGUACGUUGUUUAUUGUCUUACUACGUGGUGUGUGCAUGAGUACAUGUUGGACACAAUCGGGACACUAUUACUUGCAGUGACAUACACAAGCCAGGGGCAUGUUGGAUUUAUUGUUUACCGGUAUAUGUACGUAAUAGAAUCAAGACCAUUUUUAAAAAAAUAAAUAAAUAAAAUCCAUAAAAAUAAACUGUUAAAUAUG